AUGUGCCGGUUAGCAGCGAAAUAUAUUUUGUUCACAGUUAAUUUAUUAUUAACGCUCGUAGGCCUCUUUCUUGUAGGCGUGGGAGUAUAUAUAGCAAUCCAGUACAAAAAUCUACUCGAUGAUGUACUUGGCAUACAACUCAACAAAGAUUACGCGCCAACUGGUCUCAUUGCUUUAGGUGUAGUGGUGUUUAUUAUUUCCUUAUUCGGAUGUUGUGGAGCCAUCUCAGAGUCAAAAAGCACGCUUAAAUUUUAUGCUGGUAUUAUGGGUGUGUUAGCUGUCGCAAAGAUAGCUUUCACAAUAUUCCUGUUUGUAAAAAUGUCCGAUUUAAAAGAUAAUGUACAAAGAACUAUAGAUCAAAACUUUAACGACCCAGCUCAAAAUGUAGCCUUCCAUGCCCUUGAGGCUACUUUUAAAUGUUGCGGCACAACAGGUCCAGAUUCUUAUAGUAUCAACUACAAUAAUUUGACAGCACCAACGUGCUGCGAUAAAUUCAACAACGACCCUACGACUACUGACGACGCGAAUAGAAUCUGCACAAUAAAUGAAGCUUAUCCAGUAGGCUGCAGUCGUCUCAUUGCGACCACCGUUUACAAUUUCCUAAGAACAAUUGCUUUUGUAUUGAUAGGAUUUAUAGUUUUUGAGUUGAUGGCGAUGUUGUUGGCACUUUAUGUCGCCGCUACGGUGCCACUGCCGGUCGUGAAUGCCCCUACUACAUAUUACUAUUACUAA